AGUCUGUCCAUCCAGGGAAUCCUGCUGCGAUGAGGAGGCUGAGAGUGCUUGAAGGUUGCUGCCCGUGUGUAGGUCCCCCGCCAAGACCUACGCAUCCCGGGGGCAGAAGCAGGGCGAUGGGUUCCGUCCCUGCGGCUGGCCCCACCCUUGCUGCCGUUGCAACUUCUCUGUUGGAGCGUCUACAAGACAACGAGGGUGACCGCGUGCAGAAUUACCGCCAGCUGGAGAGCGCCUUGCAGGGAGGUGACAGCCGUUUGCCGAGCGGUCUCUUGAACCGCCUGAUAGCUGAAGCCUCUGGUGACAUAAGAGCCGCCCAGGGUGUGACCGAUGACAUGAGGACAGCCGCUAGUGACAUCCUGGUGGCGCUGGCUGGCUCCCACUUCCAUUUCGUGAUGUCCGAGCUCCAGGGACACCUGAAAGCCGUGGGGGGAACCUCCGAGGAAUUUGUCUUUGUCACCCUGGGCAAACUGGCCAGCAGCUACGCCCUGCGAUGCAUCCCUUUUGCCGGAAUGACGCUGCUCGCCCUCCGCGCCGUCCUGAGCCGAGUGGGGAGCGGACAGGUCCGGCGUGCCGUCUGCGGUGUUCUGGAGCAAUGGUCAAAAGGGGUGAAGACUUACUUCUGCUCCUGGGACAAAUGCCCCUUCCCUCGCAUCGAGGAAGCGCAGCUCUGCAAACAUGUUUACCCCCUCUAUUGCUAUGUGGUGCAAAACUGGCUGGUCUGCAAUAAGAAAGAGGACAAGCAAGCUGUCCUCAGGGCUGUGGCUGCCAUGAUUGGCGUCCUCCUGCGCGAGGAGCAGCACCGGGAAUACGCCUGGGAUCAGCUCCUCCUGUACCAAGUCGCUUUCUUGGCAACCAAGGACCGGACAAUGGAGGAGCCCUGGGACUCCACGGCGUCCCAAGUGUUUCUCGGUCUGGUGCAGCUGAGGAAGCUGAAGCCAUCUUUGAGCAGGAAGAAAAGUUGCAGCCUGCUGGCUGAGUGCUGCCACACCAUCUUGUCCUUUCCUUGCAAGGAGGAGAUGGAAGGGAGAGGGAAGAUAGCGAGGCAAACUCGGAACAUACAGGAUCCCCCCUCAGCGUGCCCUGGCAGCCCCCCGUGA